AUGCCUCGCAACCUCAGUGUCGUCGAACCACACCCAUCUUACGUCCGUCAAUCGAGCUACAUCGGCUCUGGUCGUGGCGGAGCAGGCAACUAUGCCCGCUACCAAAGCAAUGAAAUCAGCACAGGACCCGAUGCCUCUGGCCCAGCAGCUCGUCUCAACAUGACCAAGCCAGCUCGUCGACCCAUGGUCGGUGGUCGUGGUGGUGCGGGCAACAUGUUCACGCCGUCCGCACCCGAAGAGACCAUGUUCCAAUUCGACGAGGAGAUGGCUUCUCGACGAGCUCACGUUGCACCAACGUACCACAUCGGUCGUGGUGGUGCUGCGAACUGGAUUGAUGAGUCCAAGCCUAGGGGUGUGGAGAGGAAGACUUCUACCGACUCUGCGGCUUCGAUUCAUUCCGACAAGUCGACUGCGAGCAGUGUACGGAGAAGCAUUGGUAGCGCUUUCGGUCAGCUCCAAAGAAGAGUCUCGAAGCAGUAA